CUGUCAACAGUGUCACUGUCACUACUGACUUUUCUCAAAUUUUUGCUUGUAAUCUUCCACGAAAAUAAAGAAAAUCAACCUUUUUGUAUUAGAAAAUCAUUUUCAAAUAAAAUAUCAAAAUGCCGGAUCACUUAGGGGGCGAUAUGCGGAAAAUCAAGGACGAAAAGGAGGAACCGGAAAAAGAAAUAAAAGCUCUGGAUGAAGGGGAUAUAGCCCUUUUAAAGACUUACGGCCAAGGCCAAUACACAAAGACCAUCAAAACGUGCGAAGAGGACAUACAAACCAUAAUAAAAAGAGUUAACGAAUUAACAGGUAUUAAAGAGUCAGAUACGGGUCUAGCACCACCAGCGUUAUGGGAUUUGGCAGCUGAUAAGCAAACUUUACAAAAUGAGCAACCGCUCCAAGUAGCUCGUUGCACCAAAAUUAUUAACGCCGACACAGACGAUCCCAAAUAUAUUAUCAACGUUAAACAGUUUGCUAAAUUUGUGGUUGACUUGGCCGAUUCAGUUGCUCCAACUGAUAUUGAAGAAGGCAUGAGAGUAGGAGUUGAUCGUAAUAAGUAUCAAAUUCAUAUACCGUUGCCUCCUAAAAUUGAUCCCACUGUUACUAUGAUGCAGGUGGAAGAAAAACCUGAUGUUACUUACAGCGAUGUCGGGGGGUGUAAAGAGCAGAUAGAGAAAUUGAGGGAAGUGGUCGAGACUCCUUUAUUACAUCCUGAAAAAUUCGUGAAACUGGGCAUAGAACCUCCCAAGGGUGUCCUACUUUUCGGUCCCCCUGGUACAGGCAAAACUCUGUGUGCUAGGGCGGUGGCCAACAGAACGGACGCCUGUUUCAUCCGUGUCAUAGGUUCCGAGCUGGUCCAAAAAUACGUAGGAGAAGGUGCGAGGAUGGUCAGAGAACUGUUCGAGAUGGCUAGAUCCAAGAAGGCUUGCCUCAUUUUCUUCGACGAAAUCGAUGCCAUUGGUGGAGCCAGAUUUGAUGACGGUGCCGGCGGGGAUAACGAGGUACAACGUACCAUGUUGGAGUUAAUCAAUCAGCUAGACGGUUUUGAUCCCAGAGGCAAUAUCAAAGUUCUGAUGGCUACGAAUCGGCCCGAUACGUUAGACCCCGCCCUCAUGCGUCCCGGUCGUCUAGACAGGAAAGUGGAAUUUGGCCUGCCGGAUUUAGAGGGGCGCACGCACAUUUUCAAAAUCCACGCCAGGUCCAUGUCCGUGGAGAGGGACAUCCGUUUUGAACUACUCGCUAGGUUAUGUCCCAAUUCGACGGGGGCCGAAAUAAGGAGCGUGUGCACGGAGGCCGGUAUGUUCGCGAUCAGGGCCAGAAGGAAAGUGGCCACCGAAAAAGACUUCUUAGAGGCCGUCAACAAGGUCAUCAAAUCGUACGCCAAGUUCUCGGCCACUCCGAGAUAUAUGACUUACAAUUAAAUGGAUAUAUCUGUGUUUUGUUUUCGCUUUAUUUAAAUCGAUUAAUUGAAUUCUUUUUCUAAAAAAAACUCGUUUUAUUUGACACCUGGUAAUUUUAUUUUUUACCUGCCCUCGUAUAAAUAUAUAAUUAAAUCGAUUAAAUUAAUUCUUUUUCUACAAAA